GGGGUCCUUCAGGUAGGAGGUUCUGGGUGACUUUGGACGUCCGCUCAGCCGGGUUGCCGAAGCCGUUUGGUGUGUGUCCCGCUCUCGUUCUCCUGUCUCCGUGGAGGUAGUCCCCUGCCGCAAACAUGCUCCGUCAGAUCGUCGGGCAAGCCAAGAAACAUCCCAGCUUGAUUCCUCUCUUCGUAUUUAUUGGAGCAGGAGGUACUGGAGCAGCACUGUAUUUGAUGCGCCUGGCAUUGUUCAAUCCAGAUGUCAGCUGGGACAGGAAAAAUAACCCAGAGCCUUGGAACAAACUGGGUCCCAAUGAACAAUAUAAGUUCUACUCAGUGAAUGUGGACUACAGCAAACUGAAGAAAGAAGGCCCUGACUUCUAAACCAUGAAGCUCACCAUAAAGCUGCUUAUAAUGAAGGUCUUUCAGAAGCAUCCGCACAAUUUUCCACUUGACCAGGAAAUACUCCUCUGAAUGCAUGAAAUCAUGUUGAAUUUUUGGAGUUUAUUAAGCUGAUGAAUAAAUCUUUGAAACUUGAUAA